AUGAAGAUGACCGACGUGUUGCUGGAGCCCGAGGAUAUGGCCACUGUAGCCGAAGCUUUGGCCUUCAUCGAUGCAUGCGAGGGAAGUGCAAGCCCCAGUACGAACUGCAGUACAAGCGGGAGUGACAGCGCGGCAUCCCCACUGUCUGAUAGCCAGAGUUUAACCUUGGCCAUCGACCUCCCCAGCUUCAAAGCCGUAAAAACCGAAUCGGAAGCGUCGGUCGAGGAAUACAGCGGGGUAUUCGACGCGCCUGCUGCACCGCAAGAAAGCAGAGAUGCAGCAGCUGCGAGAGGAGGCCUGGGCGUUGGAGCUCUUGCGGCUCAUGUCGCGCAGCUCAAGAAGACGGCGGACUGUAAGUGGAUGGAACUGACCAUGAUCGAAUUGCAGAGGCGACAGAGCGUCAAAUACACCAACAGGAAACUCAGAACGCUACUAGCGAACCAGGCAAGAGUCGACGAGGCGUUGCGAGGUGUUGUCAUGAAUAAAUCAGUGCUCCAGGGAAUGGACUUUUUGGAUGCCAAGCCACCGACGUCACAAGGUCCGCUAGCUGCCGUCGACAACAGCUCUGUCAUCAUGGCCCAGUUGGCGAAAAAAGUCUCGGAAAUGUACCUGAAAUCAGCGACUUUAUUCGAGACCGAGACGGAGACGCCGACUCUAAAAUGCGAAAUGCAGCACCGAGUCGAUCCGCAACUUGGCCUGACAGUGGAAAUCGUCUCCAGUGCCCCGUUGUCGUGCUCCAUAGAAGCGGCCACGCCACUCGCCGGCCUGUACAGGCAUGUGCGCCGCUCGAGCUUGUCGUGCCCGCGUUGGCGUCGCGUGAUGCCCGCGGUGGCGAAGAAGCUGCACCCAAUCUUCCGGUAG